GCAAACAUCGCUCCUCCGCCCAUCUCUUCCGCCCUCGCUGCAUACGACAAUCGCCUCCCCAUCUCGUCCAGCUCGCUCGCCCGGCUCGUUAUCGCCAGGACCGCAAUGGACGCACAGGCUUCCGCUUCGGCUUCGCCCCAGAGCGGCAUAGACCGCAGCGACGGGCCCCUGCGCAUCAGCCAGCGCGCCUCCAACUCGUGUUCUUUCUGCACCAAGCGCAAAAUCAAAUGCAAUAAGAAAAUCCCCUGCGACAACUGCAUCCGCCGCGGCCAUCCGGAAGACUGCACGCGCGUACCGGCGAUCGUGCGCGGGCGGCUCGUGAACGCGCCGAACGCGACGCAGCGCGCGCCGCUUACACCUGACGAAAUACGCCUGCUGCGCGAGGGCCAGCUGCAGCGUGAGAACCUGGGUCUGCGCCGCCGCAUCACCGAGCUUGAAGCGCGCCUGCGCCAGCUCGAGGGGCGCGCCGGCACGCCCUCCCACGCUGGGCCAGCUAGUGUCGGAUCCACGAGCUCGCCGGGCGAGUCGCCCAGCACCGCGAACGCGUUCGCACACCUCCUGAAUGCCGCGACCACGGCGCGGUCUGGCGCAGAGACGGAGCGCAGCCGCCAGGAUGACCCCGACGUCCUCGAGCCGUUUGUGCAUGUCAUGGCUAUGCCGCUGAACAAAAACGAUCGGCCUAGCUCGCCAAACCCGCGCAGACAGCAGGACAAUGCCACGCCGGGCCCGAUCAGCUCCCUCCCCGAUUUGCCCAGUCGUAAAAUGAUGGAUCUGGCCCAGGCGGAUCUGCUUACACUUACUCCGACGCCGCCACAGAGCAUGGCUAUCAUCAGGGCCAGCCUCAAAUAUAUGAGCUUCCUGCACUACUCGUGCCACAUACCCUCUUUCAUCGCCGAGCACGACGAGUGGAUCCAGGCCGUGAGCGAAGAUAGAGAGGGCGGCAAGGGCGACGCGUGGCUGUCUUAUUACUUUGCCCUCCUAUCCGUCGGCAUGUACUUCUGCGGCGACCUCAUGGCGCCGGAACUUAAUCUCUCGGUGGACGAGACGGCAUCUCUGUCGUCUUUCUGGUUCGAUGUGUGUCUGGAGGCCCUUGACCGGUCCAAGUUCAUGUCGACCAACCCGACGCUCGAGGCGCUGCAGACGAUCGUCGUCCUCCCGAUGGUAUCGUACAACUUCGGCGCAUCAGCAUACACCGAGUCGCUUCUGCACGUUGGCCUCCGCCUCGCCCAGCUCCUCAAGCUGCACCUCCUCACCGCCGAGCCGGCGGACCACGACCAUCUCCCUCGCGGCCUGAUACAGCGCGAAGUAGGCCGCCGCGUCUGGCUUCUCCUGCGCCUCGGCGAAGGCCGUCCCGACUUCGUCAAUACCGGUGGCCUGCGCCUGCCCCAAGGCCAGACGGCCGAGCCCUUCAACGCAAAUCCCGAGGACUACACAGACACGAGCGUGAACGCGCGUCCCUUGACGCAGUUCACAGUCGUCACGCACCUGCUCUGCGCCGGGCGCCGCUACCGCAUCUUCCGCCAGUUCUCUGAGGCCUUCGCGGAGGCCGGCAGCCUGCGCGACCAGUACGCGAUCGCGCGCGCCGCCGACACCGAGCUGCAGAACAACUUCGCCGACUUCCCCUGUCUCCAGAACAGCGACAACGACACGUUUGAGGAACGCUUUGACCUCAACGGCCCGCACGACCACAGCCCCCACUCGCGCUACAUCUGGUCCCUCCUCAUGCCGGCCGGCACCAUUCUCGUGUAUCGCAGCUUCCUGGGCCGCGCCUACUCCGACGAGCGCUUUACCGAGGUCCGCGAGGUACGUUUGCAUUCCUCCUCCUUUCGCUGACAUCAGACAUGUCUUGCCGCCGCGCGCGAAAUUCUGAGGCAGCGCCGCCGCCGCGUGCCCCCCAUGUUCCAGCGCACAUGGUACGCUCCCCCAC